AUGGUGUGGAAAAAAUUUGGUAGAAAUUACCUCACAUGGACAGAUGAAAUGGACAUUGCACUACUGGAGGUCCUUGUUGAGCAUCACAACAAUGGUGAUCAUGCCCAGAAUGGAUGGAAGUCCCAUGUCUACAGUGCUGUUAUAGGUAAUGUGCGUGAGAAGUGCAAUGUGACCAUCACAAAGGAAAACAUAAGUUCAAGGUGCAAAACCUUUGAAAAGCACUAUGAGGCCAUUAGCAAGAUGCUUUCUCAAAGUGGAUUUGGGUGGGAUUGGAUCAAUAACAAGUUGUCAAUUGAUAGUGAAGAUGUGUGGAUUAAAUAUGUCGCGGCUAACAAGAAAGUAGGAUUUUACAAGAACAAGGUCAUUAAGAAUUGGGAUGCUAUCACCACCAUAUACUCAAAAGAUCAUGCAAAUGGUGAAGGUGCUGUCACAGGUGCUGAAACUGUUGUAGAACCAACUAUGGAACCCAAUGAAGCCUCUCCUGAAGUGCCACACAAAAAACAGCGGACUGGUGAUGCCAUCCUGUGCCUACUUGGGGAUAUGAAAGGCUCAUUUAAUGAUGCUUUGAAGUCACUUGAGCCUUUACCUCUGCCCCAAGUUACACCUCCUGCUGAAAUCCUCGCGACACUUGAGAUGAUCCCUGAUUUGGCUCGUGGUGACAUAUUGCGAUCUUAUGGUAAGUUGAUCCUUAGCGAACGCUUGUACCAAGCGCUUCUUGAGCUUCCCAUGAACUUCAGGAAGGAAUGGUUGUUGAUGUUGGAAUAGUAGAAUGGCUCUUGAUGGAUAAUAUGUAUGUGUACUACUACUUUUAGUUCUCCUAGUUUGUGUGAGACUUUUGAACUUGUCCUAAAGUUGCAUGGUUGAUGCACAGGACUUGUUAUGUGUUCCAGAUGGUGUGAGACAUGUUAUAAUAUGUAAUGGUGUUGGCAAGGCUAUCAUAAUAUGCUGCUGCUACCUACA